AUGGACACGAUUGAUGUGCAGAACAAGGCAUUUGUUGUGCGCUGGGUGAGAGUUUCCCAAGGUGACGUGGUUUCAUUCCGGUUAAAGCCGUUGAAGAAAUCUAUCGGGUUUGGGAUCUACAGACGGUUUGACGGUUCAUCUAGCAUUGAUUUGAACAAUCCAGACGAACGUACGCCUUCCAGUGCAAGUUCUACCCCUAGUAUUAAGUAUUCUUCAAAUGCCAAGCCUCACCUUGCAUUGGCCGAUCAUGACAAGGAUAAAAAUGUACCAUUGCAGACGCGGUUGGUUCAGAGUGGGCUGGAAAAGGUGAUAUGGUAUGGAACCAUCUCUAACAAUACUACGGUGGCAGAGUCUUUCGAGUCCACCUGUGAGAACUGCUACUACGCGUUCAUUUUAGACAAUACCACUUCGAAACAGACCAAGAAAAAAUGUUUGUUUUCGGUGAGCAUUAAGCCACCUGCCAUUGUAGCUGAUUCCUACGAUGAUGAUGAAAGGUCCUUCAUUUCGAAUCAGGAUGAGCCAGUGAGUAGUAAUAACAACAUAAACGACAGCAAUGCAAAUACUGCUUCCAGCGUCGCGCUUAAUGGCAGCAACAAUCCUACUACACUGAGUGUUAAACGUGCCUUAAACUAUAGUCAGUCUUCAUUCCACAAUAACACUUCUUCAUCAUCAUUGCCUUACCCUAAUCAGCAAUCACAAUCUUAUUCACAGAUGAACUCCAGCUCUGUCUCGAAUGCUGCAGAUAUACCUGGUGUGAAUGCGUCAUCCGUAUCUGUUGGUGGUGUUAAACAAUUAAGUCCAGCUUCUACGGCGACUACCGAUCUUGAUUUGAAGAACAGUAGGUAUUUCCAAGGAUAUUUGCUAAAGAAGAAGAGAAAGAAGCUACAAGGGUUCACAAAGCGGUUUUUCAAACUUGACAUUAAAUAUGGUAUUCUUUCAUAUUAUCUCAAUUCUAAAUCCCCAAUGUGUCGUGGUGAAAUUGUUAUCCCCUUAUCAUCCGUAAGUGCUAACAAACAGACGAAGCUUAUCAUUAUUGACUCUGGUAUGGAAAUCUGGAUUUUGAAAGCACACGAUCCAAAGGACUGGGAACAGUGGAUAUCGAUGAUCGAGUCUUGCUUCAAGCAAGAAGCUCCAACCUCAUCACAAGAUCACGAGUCACGUGAUGUGGUUGGUGCACCUCUUGUUAAGACCCAUGAUACAGACACCACGAGUUUGCUUCGCAACUUAACGACUUUGAGAAAAAGGAUAGAGGAGUGCAAGAACAUGUCUCUAUCAUACUCUCCUACCCCAAUUACAUUAAGACCCCCAAUGUCAGCUAUUCAAGCUCCUACAAACGCUUCGAAACAAAGAAACGUUUCUCGAUCAUCCUCAGUGUCAUCGUUUAUGAACAACUUUUCUAGACAAAAGAACGGAUCAUUCACGGAACAAGGCACUUCAUCACAAGCUCAAGGAGGUCAACUCUAUAGUGAUGCCUCAACACCAGCUUUGCCAGGAUCUAGUGAUCCACAACAACAUUAUCACCAUGCGCUAUACUAUAAAUUGGUCGAGUUAGAGAAGUUGGCAAAGCAGCUUGAUGUUGAAACGAAUCAAAUAGCAGAAAGGUGGAUGCCAAGAUCUCCACCAGCUUCUAUCUUUUCAGAUGAUGAAUAUUUUGAUGCAAAUGAGGAACCAAUUAUCACAAUGUUGAAUGAUGAUGUAGCAUAUGAAAAUGAUGUGAGACCUACAUACAACAUGCCUAAGGAAGAAGAGGAAGAAGAAGAUGACGACGACGAUGAUGAUGAGGGAGAAGAAGAAGAAGAAGAAGAAGAAGAAGAAGAGGAAGAAGAUAGAGCUACUACAACCACUAAUGAAUUUAUGACCCCAGCCGAUAGAAAGCGACAAGUAUCGACAGAAACGCAGAUCGUAAAAUCCCAAGAGGUAGAUCUUUCGCCAUUACCAAUUAACCACCAGGUAAAGCGUCGCAAUGACAUAAAAGCGGCAACAUCAUCACCUCCUAGCUUAUUAUCGUUUUUGCGUAAAAACGUCGGUAAGGAUCUAUCCAGUAUUUCAAUGCCGAUUAGCAUAAAUGAGCCGGUUUCCAUUUUACAAGUGCUUUCGGAAGCAUUCGAAUACAGCUGGCUACUUAACAAAGCGGCCGAAGUUCAAUCCGACGAAGUGCAAAGGUUGAAGUAUAUCAGUGCAUUUGCCUUGUCCUACAUGUCGAUCCACAGGCAAAAGACAAGAUCAUUACGUAAGCCAUUCACACCAUUAUUGGGAGAAACGUAUGAGUUGGUACGUGAGGACAUGGGGUUCAGAUUAAUAUCCGAAAAGGUCUGCCAUAAGCCACCUGUAUUUGCCUCAUAUACAGAACACCGGAGCUGGAAAUGUGGAUAUACCUUAACACCUGUGCAAAAGUUUUGGGGAAAAUCUAUCGAGUUUACAAACGAAGGACAGUUCGAGCUAACCUUUAGCGAUGUUGACACCAAGUACAAAUGGGCUCAGCCAACACUAGUUCUCAAAAACAUCAUUGCUGGUGAGCGAUACAUGGAACCCACUAACCAGUUUACCAUUACAAGUUCUAAAAACAUCAAAUCUAUUAUUGCUUUUAAAUCUGGUGGCAUGUUUAGUGGCAGGUCCGAAGAUGUUGAUGUCACAAUCGUAGACGAUAAAGGCAAAAAGUUGGGAUCUCUGAAGGGCCAAUGGACCAAGGGGAUGCACGAUGUGGAUACCGGCGAAGAGAUAUGGAAGUGCGGCCCGCUGCUACCAAACAGCGAAAAGAAAUACGGCUUUACCGUUUUCACGUCAAAUCUCAACGAGAUCACCGAAAUCGAAAAAAAUCACAUCCCAUGUACCGACUCAAGGCUAAGACCCGACAUUCGUAUGUAUGAAAAUGGCAAUGUCAAAGAAGCAGAAGAGAUGAAGCUAUCCUUGGAGCAAAAACAACGUGACAGAAGAGAAAAGGGCAACGAUGUACAACCCCAGUAUUUCAAGCAGGUAAAACCAUCCAAGUGGGUGCCUAUACUGGACAAAAACGGCUACUGGGAAAAAAGAAAGAAACAAGAUUGGUCCUCCUCCAAACCAUUAUGGUAA